UUCCGCAGCCUGUCUCCUUGCGACCGGUGCUCGAGCUCCUUCCUCUCUGUCACGAUGGCGUCGGUAGCUGACACAAAGCUCUAUGAUAUUCUCGGGGUUCAGCCUGGCGCCACGGAGAACGAGCUCAAGAAGGCAUACCGCAAGUUGGCUAAGGAAUACCAUCCAGAUAAAAACCCAAAUGCUGGUGAUAAGUUUAAAGAAAUAAGCUUUGCUUAUGAAGUUUUAUCGAAUCCAGAGAAACGGGAACUUUAUGAUCGCUAUGGUGAACAAGGUCUACGUGAGAGUGGUGGCGGCGGAGGUGGAAUGGAUGAUAUUUUCUCACAUAUCUUUGGUGGAGGUCUCUUCGGGUUCAUGGGCGGUCAAGGUAGAAACCGCAACAGCAGACGAAGGGGAGAGGAUAUGGUGCAUCCCCUCAAGGUUUCUUUAGAAGACUUGUAUAAUGCAAAGACAACAAAACUACAGCUGAGCAAAAAUGUCCUAUGCAGUUCAUGUAGUGGUCAAGGAGGCAAGGCAGGAGCUGUUCAGAAGUGUAAUGUUUGCAGGGGUCGAGGUAUACGGAUCAUGAUCAGACAGUUAGCACCAGGAAUGGUUCAGCAGAUGCAGUCUGUGUGUACCGAUUGUAAUGGAGAAGGUGAAGUUAUCAAUGAAAAGGAUCGAUGCAAAAAAUGUGAGGGGAAGAAGGUGGUGAAGGAAGUGAAGAUUCUAGAAGUUCAUAUAGACAAAGGCAUGAAGCAUGGACAACGUAUUACAUUUAGUGGAGAAGCAGACCAAUCUCCUGGUGUAGAACCUGGUGACAUUAUCCUUAUACUGCAAGAGAAAGAACAUGAGGUGUUUCAGAGAGAGGGAAAUGACUUGCACAUGACCCACAAAAUUGGUCUUGUUGAAGCACUCUGUGGUUUUCAAUUCACAUUCCAACAUUUGGAUGGUCGGCAUAUUGUUGUGAAGUAUCCUCCAGGAAAAGUUAUUGAACCAGGUUGUGUUCGUGUUGUUAAAGGGGAAGGAAUGCCGCAGUAUCGUAAUCCGUUUGAAAAAGGAGACUUGUUUGUCAAAUUUGAUGUUCAGUUCCCUGAGCAUAAUUGGAUUAACCCUGACAAGAUAGCUGAACUGGAAUAUCUACUCCCAGCCAGGCCGGAUGUCCCUGAGAUGAUUGGUGACAUUGAGGAGGUUGACCUGCAGGAGUUUGACAAUACACGUGGCUCGGCCGGAGGGCACCGGCGGGAGGCCUACAAUGAUAGUUCUGAUGAGGAAAGUGGCCACCACACUGGCCCUGGUGUACAGUGUGCUCACCAGUAAACUUUGAUAGAACACUUGCAAAACAUGUUCUGUUCAGUUUUGGAUAUUUUCAGGUUUCAUCUGAUUUUGCUAAGCCAAACUGGACUUUGUCACAACUCAAUCCAGAGGAACUCUGAUGGACAUCUCUUCGCUGUAUAUGUAACUUUUAAUUAUAUUUACUGAAUGUAUAAUUUAAAGUCAACUAACCAUGGCACAGUGUGAGGUGCUCAAUUCUUUUGAGGCCCAUGCAGGGGAGCAGCUGGUGAGAAUUAAACGUAUAUCACAAAUUUGUCCUUGUAUCUCUGCUUUUUUUUAAAGGAACAAAUUUCUGUACAUUUGCUUUCUGCUGCCAUUUAAAAAAAAAAAGUUUUGAUGUUUUAAGGCCCUUAUUUGUGUACACUUGAUGUAUGGGCUGUAAUCACAUGAGCUGCUAACAUAGUAAAAGAAUUUAGUGAUGCACAUUUCUCCAAAUAGCUGCAUGUCAACCCAAGUGGAACCUCAUCCAUAAGUUUAAGAGCUUCAAAAAAACAAUGUGGUAAUAAGAUUCUUUUCUAGAAUCUUAGUUCUGUGGUUAAGUAAUAAAUUUAAAUGGCAACAGUGGAACAUUUUUUAUUCUGAAUCUGUGCUUGUGAGCAAGGCCCAUUCUGUUUGCUUUAUAAAGCUUGGGCAGUGUUUAUUUUGCUUUCUUUUUCCUUUCCCUCCCAUUGCCUUAAAUUCUGGCAAAGCCUUUGGACCAUUCUAUAUUGUAACACUGACAAUGUUUUAUUUCCAUUUUCAAGCUGUUAUUUCUGAAGUCCAAGAUUGAGUCAUUUGUUAAACUGUUUGUUCAAAUUAAAAGGUUUUGGAAAAGUUACAA